AUGGAGCACGUCACAUUCGAGGACACUUUCGAGGAGCUACGCUCAGCGCCAGGCCACCAGCGUUCUCGACUCGGUGAGACCGACGAGCCGCGGAAGAAUCGGGCAGAAGGGGGUCGCAAGACGCCGCGGGUAUGCAGAUUCCAUGCGAAGUUUGUUGAGAAAGCCAGAAAUUGUCCCAUGCCGCGUUCUUUAGACGGAAAAAAGGCGCCAGUGCAGAGGAACGAGGAACGAGCAUACCGGCCGUCUGUGCUCGCUCUCGCGGCCGGCUCUCAACCAAAGGGCGAUCUUUUCUUCGUUCAGUGCAAUCUCUCUGGCCGCCGUUUCCUGGUCGAUCCAGGGGCUCAGGUCAGCAUGGUUCCGCCGUCGCAGAGCGAGAGAGGCACUCCCACCGAUCGUCAUCUUCUUGUUGCAAACCACAGCAAUAUCAACACAUACGUCAUGAACGACCUUUCCCUGAACCUUGCAGGACGUUUCACACACGUCUGUGAAUUGAUCAUCGCCGAUGUCACCCAUCCCAUCCUGGGCUACGACUUUCUCAGGAGCGCCGGACUCCUCGUCGACCUCCGCGGACGGAGGUUACUCGACAACCACUCUUUGGUGUCCAUACCAUUGCAGCCCGCGCGGUUUCGGAGCGCAAUCGGUAACCUUACGAGACCGGGCAACGAGUUCUAG